AUGAGCAAAACCCCACAGGCUGUUUUGCCUCCACGACUUCCUACAAGUACUCAUGGACGUGCGUUUGAACGAGACCUUAUUACGCUGCCCCCCCGUGUUAGUUCAUUGACGUUACCGCCUCAAGAGAUGGAUCGUGAACAGUUCCGAGUUGCGGCGCACUCGGCCAUUGAUGACAUCUUGAAUUAUUUCGAGGGGAUUCCCGACCGGAGAGUCGUUCCUGCGGUCGAACCAGGAUACCUACGCCCUCUGAUCCCCUCCGACCCUCCGACCGAGCCUGAAUCCGUGACCUUCCCGAGCAUACUGGGCGAGAUGUACUCGGCCACCUUCACCGCGCCCGCGUUCAAUUGGCUCUGCUCGCCGGCAUGCACCGAGCUGGAGACCAUUGUAAUGGAUUGGGUUGCAAAGGCGCUGGGCCUGCCUGGUUGCUUUUUGAGCAGUUCCGAAACGAAUGGCGGUGGGGUGAUCCAGAAUAGCGCCAGCGAUGCCAUUGCAACCAUGAUGGUCGCCGCGCGUGAGCGACGAGUGCGAGAGAUGGUCCUGGCCGAGGGUCGCCAGGAGGGCACUCUGGAAUACGAUGAGCGGAAAAUGGAUCUCCAGCCUCGACUGGUAGCAAUCGCCAGUGACCAGACACACAGCUCCGCGGCCAAGGGCGCUUUGAUCGCAGGCACUCGCUUCCGCAGCGUGCCCACUCGAUUGGACGAGAAUAUGGAGAUGACGGGUCCACAUUUGCGAGAGGUCCUCGAGAAGUGUGAGAGGGACAAUCUGACUCCGUACCACCUGACAAUGACGCUGGGGACCACCAACAUCUGCAGCGUGGAUCGCUUUGCCGAAAUCAAGGCGGUCUUGCGGGAGAAGCCUGCAUGGCAGCGCAUUUGGGUGCACGUCGAUGCUGCGUAUGCAGGGGCUGCGCUUGUGGCCGACGAGUGGCAGUACCUUGCGCAGGAGUUUGCCGAGGGAGUUGACAGCUUCAACAUGAAUCUCCACAAGUGGUUGCUCGUCAAUUUUGAUGCUAGUGCUCUUUUUGUGCGCAAUCGCCUCGACCUCACAAAUGCCCUCGAUGUCACCCCGACGUAUUUACGCAACCCGUACUCGGAUAUGGGCACCGUGAUCGAUUACCGAAAUUGGUCGAUCUCCCUGGGCCGCCGCUUCAGAGCACUGAAGAUCUGGUUCGUCCUCCGCAGCUACGGAUUGAAUGGCAUGAAGGCCCAUAUCCGCAAAACCAUUGGCUUCGGCGACAUUUUUGCGGGUCUCAUUCGGAGUCGCUCAGAUCGAUUCGAAAUCGUGACAAAGCCGGCCUUCGCGUUGACGGUUUUCCGCGUCAAGAAUCCACAGGUCGCGGACCAGACCCCCACGGUCUGUCGGAAAGAUGAAACAGCCGAUACGCUCACCAAGACGGUUUACGAAUUGGUCAACUCGCGGGGCGAGAUCUUCAUCACCUCAACCGUUGUCGAUGGCAUCUACGUCAUUCGCGUCAUAAGUGCAAAUCCGCUGGCCGACGAGAAGAACGUCCGGAAUGCUUUCGAUAUCAUCCUCCGAACGACCGAGGAAGUGCUUCAGCGCCAGUGA